AUACAGCCUGCUGUCUACAUUUCUAUAGUCACAAACAAAAAAACGAGCAAUUCAGAAAUCUAGAGAUAAAUUCUAGAAUCUCAGUUAUAUUAGGAUACUGAACAGUAUUUGGUAUUUUGGUUUAGUUUAAGAAAGUUGGUUUUAUUAGGAAAUUCUAUCGGUAGAUUUGUGUUAGGAAACUAUUGUCAGCAGCAGUAGUAUUUAAAGGGUUUUAGGCCUUGAGUUCUGUUUGUGAGAAACUCCGUAUCAACUUGAGCAAUAUAAUCUAGGUUCUACAUAGAUUAUGGCAAAAAUGAGUUGUGCAAUAGUGCUAAUUGUUUGGAUUGCGAUGGCAGCAAUUGCUGAAAGCAAGUUUGAAGAGGUGAAAAACUGGAAAGAUAAUCUAAGUUUAGGGGAAGAAAAGAUGACAAAGCUUCACUUCUACUUCCAUGACAUACUGAGUGGGAAGAAACCAAGUGCUAUACGAAUUGCACAAGGUAAAGAUACUGAUAAAUCUCCAACUUUCUUUGGAGUUCUGAUGAUGGCUGAUGAUGCAUUAACUGAAGGACCUGAGCCAACUUCGAAACUUAUCGGCCGAGCACAAGGAUUAUAUGGUUCGGCUGGACAAGACUCUUUGGGUUUGAUUAUGUCUAUGAGUUUUGGAUUCACUGAAGGUGUUUACAAUGGUAGUACACUUAGCGUUUUGGGUAGGAAUGCAGCUAUGAAGCCGGUGCGUGAGAUGCCGAUUGUUGGUGGAACCGGCGUGUUUCAGUUGGCGCGUGGAAAUGCUGUGGCGAGGACUCAUUGGUUUGACGGCACUACUGGUGAUGCCAUUGUUGAGUAUAAUGUUACAGUUCUUCACUACUGAUUUAUGUAGUUUAUUACUAAUUAUUUGUAUUGGUAGCGUUUAUUAAUCUAUGUUUGAACUGGUUAAGUUUAACCAAGUCAUUGA